GCUAUCCCUCUCCGUUUCGUUCUGUCAGAAUGGAUCCUUCGGUUUCCUGGAAUGAAUGAAUCUGGAUCAUCUCUUAUCUGAGUUCAUGCAACAAGUGGUCACAGCGCCUCUCUCUGGCGCAACUAUGGAACUACAGCAUAAAGUGGAACGGGGGUUGCCAUGGCACCGCGUCACAGUGACCAGAGCAGACCGACCAAGGGCUAGGCGUGGAGUCUGCUAUGUAGCUGGCGGUGGGUGCUGUGCCUAUCCCUAGCAAUUAGAGGGCAAUAAAUUACCCAUAUCCUAAAUAACUAGCUAGAGAGCCAUGGACAUAUUCUGGCAUAAAUGCAGGGUAAAAUGUUACUAGGGUUGCAGGCUUUGUUGUUGUUAGCUAACGUUAGCUCGGCUGCUAAUUUAGCUAACGCGUUCUAACUAACGUUAGCUAUUCAGAGCUAACGACCGGCUCUAGCUAGCUAGCAAGACAAAUAGCUAGAAAUCUAGACUAGCUAGGUACCCAGUUGACAAGACAGAGACCAUUACGCGAAAGGGAGAAUUCAUGGAGACGUGACGCCAAGGUAAUCUGAACGAGAAUCUCCUGUCAGAGGGACAGCAUGGAUACAGAGAAAAUUCCCCACCCUUACGAGGACAACCGAGAUGCAGAACGCCAGAGUCGCCAGUCCCGCAGGAGCACGGCUGGGAAAGAUUCCGAGGCGUCGGUCCGAACUCUGAAACGGGACAAGAGUCGGGACGGAGAAAGGUAUGAGAGGGACAGCUGUGCUGGGGACCAGGGUAAGACACUGGAACUGGAUCCGGAACGGGACCGCAUGUCAGACGGAGAGCGCAGGAGGAGCAGCUCAUUCUACUCGGAGGACUACGAGAACCUAACACCCUCAGAACACACGCUGUCUCCCUACUCCCGCACGCCCUCCCCGAGCCCUCGCCGAGCGGGACCCCGCGCCAAGAGGGUCUCCAGCAGUCCCCUACACAAAACAGGCGUGCGUCGGGGUGUGUCUCGCCCUCCCCGUGUGGGUGCCCAGCCCCAGCGACCUCAGCGUUGGGGGGUAAGGACCGGGUCCCAGAGCCUGGUCAAGGACUCCACGGCGCCCCCUAAAGAUCUUGACCUGGUGACCAAGCGCAUGCUGUCGGCCCGCCUGCUGAAGAUUAAUGAGCUACGCAACGCCCUGGCAGAGCUACAGCUCCACACUGACCUACUCACCAAGGAGAACCGCGUCCUCAGACAGCUCCAGCACCGCCAGGAGAGGGCGCUGCAGCGUUACGACGACACAGAGAGCGAGAUCGCCCAGCUGCUGUCGCGCCACGCCAACGAGACCACAGCUCUGCGGGAACGUCUACGGCGGACACAGGAGAGGGAGCGGGACGCUGAGAGGCGACUCAAAGACACACAGGAGCAGCUGCAGCGUAGCCAGUCGUCCCUGGGUCGUCUGAGGCGUCUGGCGGAACAGCAGGAGCUAGGCCCCAGGGAGGAGCUCACCAGGAGACUGGAGCAGGAGAGGGCCAAGGACCAGGAGAACCAGCUGAAGAUCAAGGAUCUGGAGCGCAGAGUGGAACUGAGCAGCAGCAGUUAUCAGAGACAGUUGGCCACAGAGAGGAGGAAGACCAUCAGUACCCAGGACCAGGUCUCAGUCCUACAGGGGGAGGUGGAACGACUCAGCAACAAACUCAAGGAGAAGGAGAGGGAACUGGACACGAGGAACAUCUAUGCCAACCGCUUGUUGAAACCGUCGCCCAGGAACAUAGACAACACCACAAAGAGGAAAGUCCCCAGUAGGUUCAGCUCUAAGGCAGUACAGACAGUUAACAAGACGUUAAGCGUAGACUUCCCGUCACCGCCCCCGGCCAUCACCGACGGCAACUAUCACUACGGCGACCAAGCCCCUGAUGACUACCUGUCACUCAAGCCAGGUGUCUUGAGUACACCUUACAGCUCUAGGGAGGUUGACAUGGCAGAGCGAAGGCCGAAGGAGACUGAGGAGAGAAAGGAGAUAGAGGAGCGAGAGAGGGUGGAGAGAGAGAGAGCAAGAGAGCUAGAGAAGGAGAGGGCGAGGGAGAAGGAGCAGAAGCAGAGGAUUGACCGGGAGUUGGACACACUUGAAGAAAAGACCAAGAGACUGAGAGAUGGCUGGGAGAAGGAGGAGGAGGAGAGUAAGAGGCGGAUCCAGAAGGAGGAAGAGAACAGGAAGAGGCGUGGCCAAGUCCAGGAAGAGGUUGAGAGGCGCAACCAAGCGGCGCUAGCCAGUCAGGAAGUGGCGGAGGCAGAACGUCGCAGGAAGGAGCAACUAUUGGCCAAGCUGAGGGAGAUUGACAAGCAGAACGAUCCACUGUUCUCCGAGGUCGACCCAGAACCCCCAGAGUCUAGCUCGGGUUCCACUGCACGUUCUCCUCGACGGUUCUCCGAGCCACGGAACCAGAACCCUUCCAUCUUCAGCUUCACUGAGCCGGAGGAGACGGGCGGUUUGCGUGGGGGGGCGGAGAGCAGGGAGGGGGGCAGGUCAGGGCGAGGGGGGGCAGAGAGCGGUUUGGGUCCAGGGGUGGGGAUAGGGACUGGGAGGAGAGGGGUGAGGGCUCAGAACUCAAGCGAGGACCUGGCUUUCGGUAGCUACGCCCCCUCCUUUGGACGGCCGGCCCCACGGGGGGGCACAGGCUUCCCAACCCCACCACCGCCCUCGGCUCUGGACGCUCUGCUGGGGCAGUCAGAGAGAGAGAAGGAGAGAGGAGGCCUAGGCUCGGAAAAGGAGAGGAAGUCCAUUUUGUUGCAGCAGCUCUUUGGCCCCCCAUCCAGCCCCUCCCCGAUCUCCGACAGCAAUCCAGAUGUCCUCUUUAGCCCCCCCACCUCCACCCUCACCGGCCCCCGCAACUGCAGAGAAGGCUUUUUCCCCUUUGAGCCCAAGUCCCCUGCACCCUUCCUCUCCUCCCUCCACGUGACCGAGAGCAGGCCGACCGUACGAGCCAUUGCUUCCUUCGACGACGACAUCGAGGAACUCACACUUUGA